UGGAAUAGGCAGCCAUAACUCAGAAACUCCUCCAAGCAACCCAACCUUCAGACCAACUCCCGACACCAUGGCCUGCUGUGAGAACACCUGCUGCGGAUUUCCCAGCUGCUCCACCAGUGCAACCUGUGGCUCCAGCUGCUGCCAGCCAAGCUGCUGCCAGACCAGCUUCUGUGGAUUUCCCAGCUGCUCCACCGGUGGGACCUGUGGUUCCAGCUGCUGCCAGCCAAGCUGCUGCCAGACCACCUGCUGCCAGCCAAGCUGCUGCCAGACCAGCUCCUGCGGAACCGGCUGUGGCAUUGGUGGUAGCAUUGGCUGUGGCCAGGAGGGCGGUUGUGGAGCUGUGAGCACCCGUAUCAGGUGGUGCCGUCCAGACUGCCGUGCGGAGGGCACCUGCCUGCCAGCCUGCUGUGUGGCAAGCUGCACACCCCCAUCCUGCUGCCAGCUGCACCAUGCCCAGGCCUCCUGCUGCCGCCCAUCCUACUGUGGGCAGUCCUGCUGCCGUCCAGUCUGCUGUUGCUCUGAGCCCACUUGUUGAAAACCUCCUUCUGAUGGGAAUCCUGUUAAGAUGGCACUUCAAAGCUAACCAAAUUAGAAUCCUAACAAACUCCUGAACUCCAGUCCUAUAACUGGGUUUGCAACCUCUCAUUACACAGCCGUGUAAAUUCCCUAGGAUGUAAAUGCAUUUACAAGGGAAGACCAAAAGUCUUUCCUAAACCUGGAUGUCAGUCAAAGUCCUACAAUGUGAAAAGAGUUGCAUAACAUUUUACUAUAAAUAUCAUCUGAAAUAUUUCAGUGGUUGUUGUGACUUAGAUUUAAUAAAAUUUUUUAUCUUUUCAAUGA